AUGUCUGCAACCACUACACGACAUCCGUUGACAAAGCGCAAUCUCGCCAUCCUCGAUCGGCUUCUUCAGAGCAAACACACUACCGGACCAAUCACCUCAUGGGCCGAGAAGGUCAUAUCCGAAGAGCAGCUCCAACUGCUUUGCUCCCAGCCUCGCACUGCCCUCUCCGGCAAAAGUCUGCUCACCGGAGAUAGCACGACUGAGACAACCAUCGAGCGUGACAUGGACCUUUCCACCCAGGGGGUACGCAUUCCCUCCAUCGCUGCCACAACCACGACAGACCCUUUCAAGAUCUUCGAAGAUGGCCAACGUCCGUUCAUGUGUCUCGAGAGUCCGCUGGAGCGGUAUCUUACCCCGGGAUCCAGUGAACCGAGCUACUUUAGUCGUUCCGCCCUGGCGCAAGUGGGGCUUCAGUAUGGAGAUAUGGAGGGGAAGAGAGAGAGAGCUGAUAUUGCGCGUGGACAUUUGGAGACCGUGAGAGAUAAUGCUCUUCAAGCUCGAGAGCAAGCCGGCAAAUAG